CGGCGAUGGCCCCGCUCGGAUACUUCUUACUCCUCUGCAGCCUGAAGCAGGCUCUGGGCAGCUACCCGAUCUGGUGGUCGCUGGCUGUCGGGCCACAGUAUUCCUCCCUGGGCUCACAGCCCAUCCUGUGCGCCAGCAUCCCAGGCCUGGUCCCCAAGCAGCUCCGCUUCUGCAGGAACUACGUGGAGAUCAUGCCCAGCGUGGCCGAGGGCAUCAAGAUUGGCAUCCAGGAGUGCCAGCACCAGUUCCGCGGCCGCCGGUGGAACUGCACCACCGUCCAUGACAGCCUGGCCAUCUUCGGGCCUGUGCUGGACAAAGCUACGAGGGAGUCAGCCUUUGUCCACGCCAUUGCCUCAGCUGGUGUGGCCUUUGCGGUGACACGCUCAUGUGCAGAGGGCACGGCCACCAUCUGUGGCUGCAGCAGCCGCCACCAGGGCUCACCAGGCAAGGGCUGGAAGUGGGGUGGCUGUAGCGAGGACAUCGAGUUUGGUGGGAUGGUGUCUCGGGAGUUCGCCGACGCCCGGGAGAACCGGCCAGAUGCCCGCUCAGCCAUGAACCGCCACAACAAUGAGGCUGGGCGCCAGGCCAUUGCCAGCCACAUGCACCUCAAGUGCAAGUGCCACGGGCUGUCGGGCAGCUGCGAGGUGAAGACAUGCUGGUGGUCGCAACCCGACUUCCGCGCCAUCGGUGACUUCCUCAAGGACAAGUACGACAGCGCCUCGGAGAUGGUGGUGGAGAAGCACCGGGAGUCCCGCGGAUGGGUGGAGACCCUGCGGCCGCGCUACACCUACUUCAAGGUGCCCACGGAGCGUGACCUGGUCUACUACGAGGCCUCGCCCAACUUCUGCGAGCCCAACCCCGAGACAGGUUCCUUCGGCACGCGCGACCGGACCUGCAACGUCAGCUCGCACGGCAUCGACGGCUGCGACCUGCUCUGCUGCGGCCGCGGCCACAACGCGAGAGCGGAGCGGCGCCGGGAGAAGUGCCGCUGCGUGUUCCACUGGUGCUGCUACGUCAGCUGCCAGGAGUGCACGCGUGUCUACGACGUGCACACCUGCAAGUAGGCACCGGUCGCGGCUCCCCCUGGACGGGGCGGGUCCUGCCUGGGGGUGGGCUUUUCCCUGGGUGGGGCAGGACUCUCACCUAAAAGGGGCAGUACUCCUCCCUGGGGGCGGGACUCCUCCCUAGGGGUGGAGCUCCUACCUGGGGGCAGAACUCCUACCUAAAGGCAGGGCUCCUCGCUGGAGCCAGUGUCUCCUCUCUGGUGGCUGGGCUCCUCCUGAAUGAGGCGGAGCUCCAGGAUGGGGAGGGGCUCUGCGUAGGCUUCUCCCUGGAGACUGGGCUCCCCAGGACAGAGGCGGAGCUACAUGGUGGGCGGAGCUUCUCCUGGGUGGGACAGAGCUUUUCCUGCGAGGGCGUGGCUCUGGGUGGACGGGGCACUAGGUAGGCUUCUACCCGCAGGUGGGGCUCCUCCUGAAGGAGGCGGGGUUCUAGGAUGGGGCAGGGCUCUGGGGUAGGCUCCUCCCUGGGGGCG